UAUGAAGUGACUCAAGUGAUUUUUAGAAAAAUGGCUUGUAUUUGCUCAAUGUGCCUUCGAGCUUUUCAACGCUGGCAUUGUUACGAAAUCAUUUAAAACGGUACCACGAAUUUGAGGAUAACUUUCACGUUAUUUGUCAGGCACCACGUUGUGCAAGUAUUUAUUACACCUUCGAAGGCUACAAAUCUCAUUUGCGCAGAAAGCAUGCAAAUAUAUUGAAAAUUUCGUUGAUGAGAAUUCUUUCCAAAAUGGUAAUCAUGAAAUAAAUAUGAGCGAAGACAAGGAAGAUCGCGAUAGUGAGCCAGGAAAAGUUAAUGGCAUUACUCAAGAUGAUGAUUACGGUGGUGUAAACAUCGAUAUAUGCCACAAAGAGGAGAAUAUCAGGAUGAUGAACGCCAGGUUUAUGUUAGAAACUAAAGAAAUGCAUAAACUGUCUCAAAAAGCAGUAGAUACUAUCGUCAGAAAUACUACUUCCAUCGUCCAAAAUUCCCUUGAAUUAGUGAAAUGUCGUCUGUUUAUCAUUGCUUGAAAAUGACGACAUGCCAGACGUCUGCGAAUUUCUGGAAAAUGUAUUCAUGGAGGAAAAUGUCGUGAUCAAUCCUUUCCUGGGAAUGGAAAGCAAAUGGCAACAAGAUAACUUUUUUAGAGAUGUUAUGGGAGUGGUUGAACCAAAACAAAAUGUUUUGCGAAUCACCCAUGUUCAGCAAAGAAUUGGUGUUGGAAGAAGAACAGUCCCAAAACAAGAUGAAGUCAUCGAAAUUUCUCUUCUUAAGAGCCUAGAGCAAAUGCUGCAAGAUCCAGCCAUAUUACAUCAGGUCUUGUUGCCAUUACCUGUUGCCAUUACCUGUUGCCACAAGAAACAAUGUUGUUAUACCUGUUUCAAGCAUCCAACUAAGCGAAAAUCAGUAUGAUUACCUCCAACAACAAGUUAACCUUCUUGAAGAUGAUGGGAAUAAUGGCAUUGAACAUUACUUGACGACAGUUGAUAUUGUUGAGAGGUUCUUAGAGGCAAGGAUUAAUGUUGACGAAGAUUAACAAAUGAAACAAAUGUAUUUUAGUGAAAUAGUGCAAACCAAAAAUAAGCUCAUAGAUGAAGAAUUUAACAUUUUUUUCAAAACUGUCAGUUCUCUUUCUGUUUAAACAAAACUAUUUGAUAU